UUUUGACAAACGCAUGGAGACUCGUCAAAGUCAAUAGAGAUAAAAAAUCAAUCUACAUUUUCUCCUGCUCCUUCGUUGAUAUCAUUCGCUACUUUUCUGCUCUCAAGUUCAAUGGCUCCACUAGAAUUCUGCAACAUCUCGAUAUUUCAAGCAUGCAGUGAAGUCUUGUGAUUCUCCAUCCUGAUUCCGGGAUGCCCCUAAUAGGGCCAGGGCUCACCAAGUUUCCCACGCCUUUGGAUAAAAAGUACAUCCAGUCUCCACUAUGAGAAAGAAUGUCAGUUCCUCUUCCAGUCUAAUCCAAAAAAGGACCACAGAUACAAAAAUGAUGGAAGAUGAGACCCGAACCUACACUGUAGAUGAUGCACUUGCAGCUGUUGGCUUUGGGAAAUUCCAAAUUCUUGUCCUUGCCUAUGCAGGAAUGGGUUGGAUUUCAGAAGCCAUGGAGAUGAUGCUUCUUUCUUUUGUCGGACCUGCACUUCAGUCUGCAUGGAAUCUUUCCUCUCGUGAAGAGAGCAUGAUAACUAGUGUGGUAUUUGCUGGCAUGUUGGUUGGAGCAUAUUCAUGGGGUGUUGUUUCAGAUAAGUAUGGAAGGAGGAAUGGAUUCCUUAUUACUGCAAUGGUUACUUCUGUGGCGGGUUUUCUUAGUGCUUUAGCUCCUAACUACACUUUCCUGAUUAUUCUUCGUUGUCUCGUUGGUGUUGGUCUGGGAGGCGGGCCUGUACUCUCUUCUUGGUUUUUAGAGUUUAUUCCUGCUCCAAGCAGAGGCACCUGGAUGGUUGUGUUUUCAGCCUUUUGGACUGUUGGCACCAUUUUUGAGGCUUCUGUUGCAUGGUUUGUGAUGCCAACCUUGGGAUGGAGAUGGUUACUUGCAUUCUCAUCUCUUCCUUCAUCACUGCUGCUUGUGUUCUACCGGGUUGUCCCUGAAUCUCCGAGAUAUUUGUGCUUGAAAGGGAGAACGAGUGAAGCACUUAGAAUACUCGAGAGAGUUGCCAAGACUAAUGGGCAGCCACUUCCUCCUGGCAUUCUCGUUUCUGAUCACGAGAUUGAGUUACAUGGCAAGCCCACUGAACCAGAAGGUGCACACCUACUCUCCCAGACUAAGUUUGAUGAUGAAAAACCUGAAAUCAUCGACCAUAGUAAAAGAAACGUCUCAACAAUGUCUCUGCUCUUUUCACCUGAACUAAUAAAGCCAACACUACUUUUAUGGGUUGUUUUCUUUGGGAACGCUUUCUCGUAUUAUGGCCUAGUUCUCCUUACUACUGAGUUGCACAAUGGGAGUAACACUUGUGUACGGACGGGAUCACAAGCUACACAUUCCGAGGAGGUUAGCUAUAAAGACGUUUUCAUUACUAGUUUCGCAGAGUUCCCGGGACUUCUUAUAUCGGCUUUUACCAUCGAUAAGCUUGGUCGUAAGGGCUCGAUGUCUACAAUGUUCUUUCUCUGUUGCCUUUUCUUGCUCCCAUUGGUAUUCCAUCAACCUCAGGCCGUAACAACUGGUCUUCUAUUUAUGGCUCGAAUAUGCAUCACCACAACCUUCACGGUCGUCUACAUAUAUGCUCCAGAGAUAUACCCAACAUCAGUGAGAACAACCGGUGUUGGCGUCGGCAGCUCGGUGGGACGAAUUGGCGGAAUGGUAUGUCCGCUGGUGGCAGUUGGUUUGAUUCAUGGAUGUCAUCAAACCGCAGCCAUCCUCCUGUUCGAGUUUGUUAUUUUUGCUUCAGGCGUAUGUGUACUGCUUUUCCCAUUCGAAACAAGUGGUCGUGAGCUCACCGAUUCUACUGCUCCCGAGAAGGCGAUUACGUCCGAAGCAGCUUAAAAAUUCCCAAUCGACCCCUGUGAAGCUUUGGUAGUAGAUUGUUGUCUUGUAGAACCAAUGUCUUUGGAAAGGAAUGGUAGGAAAAAACACACACACACAUACCCCUCUUGGGAUACAUCAAUUUCAUAAUCUCAUAUUGUAAUAUGUUCAACAAAGACUAAGUUUGUAAAAUUACCUUUAUUUUUUUGCUAAUAUGUAUAAUUAACAUGUAAAAUUACCUUUA